AGUGCUUCUGACUGCUUAUUAUAUAAAUAUAAAAGUGACCCGAAAGGGGUGGACAGGGUGUUCUCAUACAAUGAAACACUUUUGAGUAUUGUGCUCAGGGCCCAAAAUUGAGAUUAUUUGAAUAUAUAAGGCCUGUGUCUAUGGACUUAUUUGACGACGACUAUGUUCCCAAAUCACUUAAAGGGAAUCAGUUAUUAUAAUUUGAUUACUUACACGCUUCGCCACUGCUUCCUUUAGAAUAAUUAUUACUUUCAAAGGAAAAGACUAAACCAAAAACGCCUUGCUGUCGGAAACUGGUCAAAGGCCAACGACCUCCCAUUGCUGACAUCAGUUUCUGUAUAACAGGCUGAGAUCGCUAUAAAACAAGCAGUCAUUUCGUAGCCUUCAGAAUAAAUACGGUACUUUGCGAGACGGCGCGUCUACUAUAACUCUCACGGAGGGUUGAAACCUCGUCGAAGGCUGAGAUUGCUAUAAAACAGCCAGUCAUUUCGAGGCCUUCAGAAUAAGUACGGUGCUUUGCGAGACAGCGCGUCUAUCAUAACUCUCUCAGAGGGUUGAAACCUCGCCGAAGGACUAAAUACAUCACAUUCUCAAGCAAUGUCUGGAUCUGAAGUGGACAUCACGAAUAUUCUGAUGACUUUGGUCAUCUUUUUGGCCUCCUUCUACGUGGUGUGGGGUUACUUGAAGACCCGGGGUCUUCCACCCACCCCAACUAUCUCACUGCCUGUUGUGGGACAUUUACUCUCCAUGAACCCACAGGAUCCUCGAAGUCAGAUGAAAAAAUGGCGUGAGAAAGUGGGGGAUGUUUUCAGCCUGUACUUGGGUCCUAAUGUGGUCAUUGUGCUCAACGGCUACGACGCGAUAAAAGAGGCGUUCGUGAAAAGAGCUGACGAUUUCUCUGACCGGCCAUUUUUCUAUUUUGACUGGGCCAUGAAUUACCAAGGUCUGGGCGUUGUGAUGUCUUCAGGACCGAACUGGAAAGAACAGAGAUCUGUUUCCCAAGGCAUUCUUAGAGACUUGGGCAUGGGAAAGAACGUUUUAGCCGAGGGAAUACAAGAGGAGGUAGCCCAAUAUCUUACUUGUCUGAGCAAGUUGGAGGGGAAACCAAAAGACAUACGCAUUCUUACGAAUAUAAGUGUGGCAAAUGUUAUUUGCUCUGUGCUUGUGGGGCAGCGCUUCGACUAUGAAGACCCGAAGUUUAAAAGAGUGGUUGAGCUGAUGAACUAUAACGUUACACAUCUCAUUGGCUUGGGACCCACUAUUCUCAGUAUGUAUCCCGUUUUACACUACCUUCCAGGGGAUCUCUUCAAUACUAAAAUUAUAUCGAAGAACAGGAGAGAAUUCGGAGAACUUUUUAUCCUUUAUUUUAGAGACCUCAAAGGAUUCACAGAAUACAACGAAGCGAACACGGACAAUUUUAUUGCAAAGUAUGUGUUCCAGAAAAACCAAAAGGAAAAGAAUGGAGAGUCGACCCAUCUUGACCAGAGAAACCUGACAAAAGUCAUAGAAGAUCUGUUAGGCGCUGGGAUGGAGACGACAAGCACGACCAUCAGCUGGUUUCUUCUCUAUAUGCUGCACUACCCUGAAAUCCAGGAAAAAAUCUUCAAUGAGAUUAACUCUGAAAUUGGUACAGAAAAGGCUCCAACUAUGAUGGACAAAAGCAAGCUGAAAUAUUUGAACGCUGCAAUUAUGGAAACUCAGAGGAUUGGGAACAUUGUCCCUUUUGGGGUUACCCAUAUGUGUUCACGUGACACGACCUUCAGAGGGUUCAAGAUACCAAAGGGGGCGCAUGUUAUUGGAAAUAUGACGUCAGUAUUUUUCGACAAAACAGUUUGGGGGGAGGACGUGGAUACUUUCCGACCAGAACGUUUCCUUGACGAUAUGGGUGAUCUAAAACACUUCGAAGAAUUUACUCCUUUUUCAGUUGGCAGGCGAGUUUGUCUUGGGGAAGCCUUGGCGAAGAUGGAAUUGUUUCUGUACCUCUCGUCAAUGUGUCAGCGAUUCCAGUUUUUGGCCCCAGACCCAGAUGUUCCCCCAAAGAUAAGUGACGUGAUGAGCAUAACAAAAUCUCCAAAACCUUUUGAGAUUAGACUUCUUGAUAGACGUUCGUGAGCAGAAAACGGUUGAUGAAAUCCAGAAGAAUGCAGAAAAGGCCCACGGCUGCUGCAGUGAAAGGAAGAAAAAUCUUCAAGAGCAAUCACGUGAAGGCGUUGAAAGGACUGCAGAUCCUCCCAAGUGUAAUGUUUCUUUGUUCUUUGCCUUUUUCCUCCUGAAAGAAAAUCCUGCCCAAAUAUUUUCCAUUGUCCUUAUUUCCUGAGCCUUCAAAGUUUUCAUUUACACUUUGCUUAAGUGAUAUGCUUCCAAAGUUGCGAAUGCGUUUUGCAUUUUUAAACACUUCAACACCGUUUUUAAAAACUGGGUUAGAGGUUUUCCACCGUUCCCACCCCACUCUCAUGUGUUUUUGUACGUUAGAUAUUGCUUGUGGAACGCAUACAGUUUUCAUUUGAACGGGGAUAUGUACUACACAAAUACUAUUUUUACUAUUAUUGUUAUCACACACUUGGUUCAAGUGGCUUGCAAGGCAGUAUGCGUAUAGCUUUUCGUUUCAAACCCUUGCUGUACUUUAAAAAAACAUUCCAUUUCUCCAGUGCUCAUGUCUUGUCCUCUUACGUGACAAUCAUAGUGCCGUGCAACCAUUUUAACUCCUUUCAUUUAUUCACCUGUUAAAGAUGUUCCUUUAUUUUGCAAUGAAUCUUUAUUUGUAGAGAUAAUAAUCUUUCUUUGGUUCAUUUAGCUUGCUUCUAAUUGCAUAAUGUUUUUGACAAUAUAUGUGCUGUUGUUUUUUUACACGUAUAAGUUACCAUGGUUUCCAUUAGUGUCCGUUUCUAUUUUUAUGUUUCAUUUCAAAUGAACAAUUGAUGGUUUAUUGGUUUCACUAUGCUUUUGCCAGUUUAACAUGUUACUGGUUUCAUAAAAAUUUAUAGCAGUUUUACGUGUAUAUACAGUUCAUUCUGGUUUU